AUGGAGCAAAUGACCAACGUGACAGAAUUCAUCCUGCUUGGCCUGACACAGAACCCAGAUGUGCAGAAACUCUUGUUUGCUGUGUUUACAGUCAUCUACUUUCUCACUGUGACAGGCAACCUACUCAUUAUAGUGACGAUCACCACCAGCCAAGCCCUGGGCUCCCCCAUGUAUUUUUUUCUUUCUUUCUUGUCUUUCAUAGACGGCUGCUGCUCUUCUACUAUGGCCCCCAAAAUGAUAUUUGACUUACUUGCUGAAAAAAAAACUAUCUCCUUCAGUGGCUGCAUGACCCAGCUCUUUGCUGAACAUUUCUUUGGGGGAGUCGAGAUCAUCCUGCUCACGGUGAUGGCCUAUGACCGCUACGUGGCCAUCUUCAAGCCCCUGCAGUACAUGAUCACAAUGAACAGGCGAGUGUGUGGCCUCCUGGUGGCCAUGGCCUGGGCCGGGGGAUUUCUUCAUGCUCUGAUUCAAAUUCUUUUUAUAGUCUGGUUGCCCUUCUGUGGCCCCAAUGUCAUUGACCAUUUCAUCUGUGACCUUUUCCCUCUGCUAAAACUCUCCUGCUCUGAUACUCACAUCUUUGGACUUUUGGUUGCCGCCAACAGUGGACUAAUGUGUAUGCUCAUUUUUUCUAUUCUUAUCACCUCCUAUGUCUUUAUCCUUUUCUCCCUACGAACUCACAACACUGAAGGACAGUGGAAGGCUCUCUCCACCUGUGCAUCCCAUGUUACUGUAGUUGUCCUGUUCUUUAUUCCCUGUAUAUUUGUGUACCUUCGGCCCAUGAUCACCUUCCCCAUUGAUAAAGCAGUCGCUGUAUUUUAUACUAUGGUAACACCCAUGUUAAACCCUUUCAUCUACACUCUCAGAAACUCAGAGGUGAAAAAUGCCAUGAGGAAGCUCUGGACCCAAAGAGUAAUCCUGGGUAAUGAUUCACAUGAAUAG